UUUACGAGUUACUAAAAUAACAUUAAAUACCCAGAGAGAGAGAGAGAGAGAGGGUUGUACUGAGAGUGAUUCCACUUGCAGAGAUCAUACUCAGUAGUCACUACUACAAAUAUGCACUCAAGAUCAGAUCCAAACACCCCUUCAUGUUUCCAGUUCUUGAGUAAUUGGGAGUUUUCUCUCUGCCAUUGGCCAAACCCCACCAUGAAAAUGCAGUGAAAACACCCAUCUACAGAAAGAGAUUUUAGUGAUUGAGAAUCCAAAUGGAGGGGAACCCAUCUCGAGUUGCACGUAAAAAGGAGACCCACAAAGGCUCAAGAGCCAGGCAGGCAAGCAAGAGCCGGUACGCCGUAGAAGAUGGCGGAGAUCUGAUCGAGUGUUCCGGCAAGUAUUGCAGGUCAUGCACCGCAGGGUUGUUCGCCGACUGCGUAGCAAUCUGCUGCUGCCCCUGUGCUGUGGUGAACCUGCUGGCUCUUGCCCUCGUUAAGAUUCCCUGGAUGAUGGGAAGGAGGUGUCUAGGACUCGGGAAAAGGAAGCUGGAAAUGAAGAGAAAGUGCAAAAAAAACGAAAUCGAAUUCGUGAUAGAGAGAGACGGAAGCUUGAGGAAUGGAAGAGCGGAUGAGGGAGCAUCAGACAUUUUAUAUGGGGUUGGCGAGGAAGAAGAAGAAAAGGAAAAAGCGAGCGCAAGGUUUGAGGCAGAUAGGGUUUGGUUGGAGCUGUACCAGGUGGGUCAUCUGGGCUUUGGCAGGGUCUCCUUCACUGGAAUCCAACCCCAAGCCAAGGGCAAUUAGGGAAACAAAACUGCUGCUGUUAAAAACUCUAAUGAAAAAUCUCAUAAUUUUAUUUUUCCCCAGUGGUUUUCUGGGGCAUCGUACUACGGAUUAUUCCUCCAUGAAUGCUGAUCUUCAAGGAAAA